AAUCAAACAGCGAUUUGGUAAAGGAUUCGUUGCGACUUGCGAGAAAGAAGAAAAGAGAAAAAAAGUGAUGGCAACACCAGAUGAAAGUUCUUCUGCUAAGAAGUGGCUUCCUCUCGAAGCUAACCCCGAUGUUAUGAACCAGUUCCUUUGGGGUCUUGGACUUUCGGAAGAUGAAGCAGAGUGUUAUGAUGUUUAUGGUCUGGAUGAAGAACUCUUAGCAAUUGUUCCAAAGCCUGUCCUUGCUGUGCUGUUUCUUUAUCCCAUUACUACACAGAGUGAAGAGGAGAGAAUCCUGCAGGAUAGUACAAAAAGGGAGACUAGCAAUAAAGUUUACUUCAUGAGACAAACUGUGGGGAAUGCUUGUGGAACAAUUGGACUUCUCCAUGCUAUUGGGAAUGUCACUUCAGAGAUUAAGCUUGUUGAGGGAUCGUUCUUGAAUAGGUUUUUCAAAUCCACUGCAAGCAUGGACCCACUAGAGCGUGCAGCAUACCUUGAGAAUGACCAAGAAAUGGAAGUUUCUCAUUCGGUAGCAGCUACUGCUGGUGAUACAGAGGCUUCAACUAAUGCGGAUGCUCAUUUUAUCUGCUUCUCAUGUGUGGAUGGAGAACUUUAUGAACUUGAUGGACGGAAGUCAGGAGCAGUAUCACAUGGUCCAUCCUCGCCCAGUACCUUAUUGCAGGAUGCAGCCAAGGUCAUACAGGGUAUAAUCCAAAAAAAUCCGGACUCGAUCAACUUCAAUGUCAUCGCAAUUUCAAAGAAACUUGAGGGACCCUACUAAGGAAGAAGCCCACUAUGGAUUUCCCCUUCAGAAGUUUUAAUUUGAUCCAGUCAUCCUUCGAUUCAAUAAGUAGACAUUUGGAUUUCUAUUCUUCGUUUAUGUUCAUGACAUCUUGUGGGCAUAGACAAGCCAACAUAAAAUCAUCGGUAAUACGUUGAGGAGUCGAAAUGAAUGGCGGAGAGAAUUAUUCUGUUUUCGAUUUGAAGCAAUUAUUACGGGGUUUUGAUCA